AUGACACGGAAGAUCUUGUCAAACAAUACACCCAUUCUGUGGCUUCCCUUUGCUCUUGCCAACGAAGAUAAUAUAUGCACUACUGAAGGGCUAGAGUGUCUGCUGCUUUUAGCCACGAUUCAUAUGAACGAGGGUGCCUUAAAAAAGGCAUGGAUGACUUUCAGACGGGCCCUCGACGCCGGAAGAUUGUUGGGAAUUAAUAAUUGCUUUGCCUCUUCAACACAUAAUUCCGAAUCUCUCGACAUGUCUCUCCGUCGUCGUUUGUGGCUCUCUACAAUCAUGGGGCACUGUUUUUGCAGCCUGCUUCUUGGCUUAGAGCUUGAGGCAAAUAAUGACUCAUUAAGUUCAGACUAUGCGUGGGACGAUCAGCCUUUCGAUAAUGAGCUCGACUUCCAACGCCGUUUAUGUAUCGUUUCUGUCCAACUCAGUCAGCGUAAUACCCGCGGGCUCCAGCAUAACCCUGAAGAAACCCGAAAGAUCAACAUGGUUCUCGAAAAUUUGGAGCAUUCUAUGCCUGAAAAUUGGUGGCAAAAACCGGAAAUGUCCCAAGAGCGGAGUGUUUACUGCGCCAAUGAGUAUGAUAGACUUCUCUGUCAUUUAUGGUUCUUCCAGGUUCAAAUCCUUGUCAAUGUUCCCUUCCUCUUUGAAUCUAGCGAUGAAGCACAUAGCUCUCGGGAUCGCUGCCUAGAAGCAGCGAGAACAACCAUAUACCGAUAUCUGGGUCUUCGGCUGUCUGGAAAUAUUCAGCCUCACUGCCGAGUUACAGAAAUCGCCAUCUUCCUAGCAUCGUUAGUCCUUGUCCUUAGGUCGGGUCGCCGCACCAGCUCAGAUAUCGCACUUGUGGAACAGGUUAUCGACUCGACCUCAAGCCUGGGGAAAAGUUCUAUUCGGGAACACGUGGCCAAAAAGAGUGCAGAAGUCUUGACUUUGUUACUAAAGAGACGCACGGAGACAGACUCUCUGGAGGAUUGUUUAAGGGAAGAUAUCUUUACGCCGGCAGCACUUCACCCAGCCUCAGAUACAUUGACCACAAGCUGGCAUGAAGAUUUGAUGGCUUCACUUCGGCGAACCCUGGAGCAGUAUCCAGAAUCGCGGGUUCUGGAUCCUAUAUUGUAA